UCUUAUCACACUACACCUUCCUCUGUCUUUUUCGCCCUCUGUCUCCAGGCACCUACGCUCACCCCGUUCGCAUAUUCGCAUGCCUCACGAUGAUCUUCUCGUCCGGAACACCAUCCAGCACAUGGGCGUGAACGCCUCGGUCGAAUGGACCCGCCAGUGCAUCGCCUACAGGCACAAACAGGGCUCCUCCUCCUCUGCAUCGAACCAGGAUCUAGCCCAGUUCAUCUUUGACAUGUACCUCCUCGCGGACUUUCGCAUACUCGAUGCCAGACCUCUCCUUCCCCACUCUGUCGCCACUCCGCACAAGCAGUGUUUGUUUACAGACGGUGAUGGUGGGCGCUUAGGUCGAACGACUGGAGGAGGCGUUAUUUUACAGAUCCUCGAGGUCCAGGACAUUGGAAGCAGCUCGCUCAAGAUGCUCGAGGCGUGUGAGACUAUUGGUAUCGCGGGGGAUCAGCCUGGCGGGUUCCAGGUUGGGAAGGCGUUACCAAAAGGCAUGAUUUCCUUGGAUCUGACGGACGGCGUCAGGAAGUUGAGGGCUAUUGUGAUGGAACCGAUCCCGGGAGUCGCGAUGGAGAUGAAACUGGGAGCCAAGAUCAGGGUUAGGGGCGUGGAUGUACGACAUGGGGUACUGCAGUUGGACCCUACCAACGCAUUUCUCGUCGGCGGCGAAGUUGCUAGCAUGAAUCAGCACCCAAGGAGACUCGUAAUUAUGAACCAGAUGAAGAAGCGACUAGGCCUGCCCAUGGAUACUCUCCCUACUGCAGAGAUUACAGCAGCACCUAGGCAACAAUUAGACCCAAGGCCUAACACACCGACGGUUCUAACGAACGUCAACAACAUGAACAACGUCAACAGUGGUAGCAGCUCCAGCACCACAAACAAUGCGUUUAGCAAUCUCUGGAAGAAUCCUCAGCCUGCAGUGAGUGCUCAGGAUGCUAUACCAUCCACUGCCUCAUCAUCAUCCAACCAAUCCAACUGGCGCGCCCCGAUUUCCGCUGGCGACAUACCCAACCCAUGGAAAUCAUUCAAACCUAUUCGUAGCUCUGAAUCACCGCCACCACUACAGGUGCUACCAGAGCGCAAGAAAAAAGACGAGGAAGUGGAUGAAUAUAUGCGAAUAUUACGGGAGCAAGAACCGCAGUGGGAUUUUCAGCAAGAUAUGGAGAUGGACGACAUCGAGCUGCCGUGCGAUGAUGCGGAAUGGGAAGUCAUAUCCCAGUUAUCUGUGGACGAGAAGCAGAAUCAACCAUUGGAUGCCGGAAUAGGUAAAGCGAAUAGCCCACCGCUUGUGGCCACAAGGUCUCCAACGAGAAGGACAUCCUUCGGUCGGCGAAACAUCAGUCUGAAAUCGCCCCACUCGCAAUUACUGCAGCUGCAGGAUCAGGAGAAGCAGAAAGCGAGUGGUGUCUGGGAGGUGGAGACAAAACAGGGUCUGGCAACGGAACGCAAACCCAAUGGUGACUCAAGAAAGGGGAUACCGGAGGAACAAGCCGAUGGGAAGAAGCGGAAAGUAUCGCCGGAGUAUGAGCCAGUAGAUCAGGACUUUUAUCCCGACAGACGGCGGUCCAGAUCAUUCUCGACUUUGCCAUGGGUCGAGGAAGACAUCCCCGUCAAGGUCAAGGUGGAAAAGGUUAACGGUAUUUUGGUUGACAUUAAGAUGGAAAAGGCAGACGAUUUUGCUUCGUAUUCCAAGACGGAUCAAACUGAGGAGGCAAGACACUUAUCCUGGUCCAGAUCAGGGUCGAUCAUGAAAGAUUUUACGCGGUCUGUAAGCCCUAAUGCUGUGCCUCUGAAGGUUAAAAUGGAGAAGAUUGAGGCGUCAAGACUUGAAGGGGCGAGCUAUAAUGCGGCGAUCGACCUAUCAUCCGACGACGAUGACGACAAAAUCAGUGAUGGACAGCCGCUUUCUAAUCCGGAUCAUAAUGUAGCAGGACUCGAUAUAAACAGAAGUAUCAAGCCCGAACCCGACGGCUCUGGAGUCUUACGGUCGAAGUUGAACGAACUAUUCACGCAAGAAUCUAGACGAGGACAGGAACCUCCUUCUGAGAUAUCGGUGCCCAUCAAGCUGGAGGAGACCUUGUUGGAAUUUGAUAUGGAUGACGAGGACGAUUUUGGCGGCCUUUCUGAGAUCAUCCCUGUUGUGCCCGAAGUGGAGCUGGACCAGGUUCAGGGGGCUGUGCAUGAGGGGCGCGAAGUGAAGGCCAAGGCCCGUGUUCGUAAACUGGGCAAAUUCUCGCUGACAACGCUGGCGGUUUCAAUCCCGAUCUUUCUCCUCCCAGCCGCCCUAUCGACUGAAUCAAACUUAACGAUGGACAAUACUACACUUGAGGGCAUUCUUGACCAGAAAGUCGUUGAAAUCCUGAUGGGAUUUUCUGUUGCCGAGUUCCGCGAUUUGGUCCGCAUUAAUGAGCCUGAAGCCAAGAGGGCUGUAGCAAAAUUGCGCACGGGACUAUCAGAAGUAGAGUCGGUAGAAUGCGUGUUCAGAGGACUUCGAAGUGGUACUCCAGUUAUUCGGGAACUGAAAAUCUUAACCAAGAAGCAACCCUAGAAGGGGAGCGCUGAAUAAAGACUCCGCGCUAAAGCACGAUACGGUCGCUU